AAACUCCGACGAAACGCACACGACAUUCAUAGUAUGAAUCAAUGUAGGAAGAAAUGAACAUCAAAUGGUUGAAUAAUUGAGAUAUAUUGUAAAUGGAUGGGUCAUGGGAACUAUUAUGCCUAGUGGCGAGUACUUUCCUCCAGGCAGUUUUGAUGACCUGUCUGAUUGGACGGAGUAGAGUUCAUUUCAUUGAACUGCAUUGGAUUGGAUUGGAUUGGGAUAUAUGGAGAUCCUACACCCCCCUAAAGAGGGUUCGGAGGGAGACUGAGAAGAUUUCGUUUAGGACAGAGUCAUCGAGAGUAGGUGGAGAGGGGAACAAAAAAGAGUAGUCGGGAUAUAUCGCAACAAUAAAGUCAACAGCUAGCUGGUUGGCUGGCUAGCUUAGACGUACUGAGACAGCCAUCUGAUACCUUCACCGUAUCCUACAUAGCA